CAGAAGGCAUCUGUGGCUUUGAUUCGUCCCAAUAUUAUCAUACUCCUUCAAUAUGGUUAAUCUUCAUAGCCUUCCUCAAGGGUCGAGGCCCAACGCCGCAAUUCGAAACAAUGGACCGGAUAGCCUGGCCCUUGAACGGCUAAAGCUUCGAGAACUAGCUGAGGGCUGGCCUUCGUACAGAGAUUCUUGUGAAUGGGAAAACUUUGAGUCCAUAUUUCAUCCCGGGGCCUACGUUUACACUACCUGGUCAGGGCGUGUUGCAUACCAAGACUUCAUCGCUGCGUCCAAAGCCGGCAUGGAUAAGGGCGCUUUCAUCAUGCAUCGGUGCCACGGCUCAAGCACAGAUAUCAACGUCGAUGGAACGCGCGCCGUUACGAAGCUCAAGGCCACAAUCACACAGCGCUUCGAGGUAGGCGGUUCUGAGUUCGAUGUUGAAGCAGACUGCCGGUUCUGCUUCUACUUCGAGAAGAUCAACGGAAGCUGGGGGGCCCGCCUUGUUAAGCACUGGUAUGAAAAGGAUAAGAUGAUCCCUGUCAACCCAGCCAAGUUCCCUCAGGUUGAUGAGGACAAGCUGAAGGCGUACCCGCCAGGCUACAAGUAUCUUGCGUACUGGCAAGAAACCGCGAUGGGUAUCAAGGUACUGCUGGACAUGCCUGGGCAUAGGCGCCACGUUGGGACGGUCAAUCUCGAGAAGCAUGAUGAACUGUACUGGUUAGCUAAGCGUUGGUUGGAGGGAGAACAGAUUGAAGUCUAGAAGCAAUCAAGUCAACUGAUUUCCACGAGG